CUUUCCUCCCGACCAUCACCGUCUCUCUAGAAGCUUUCUACAAAACAACUCACUAUCAAGCACAGAUUCUUACCUAUCACAAAUUUCUUUACUUCCGAGACGACGUCUCGAUCCCUUUGAAUUCCACCAGAGUCUCCGUUGAUGAGAGUACUGACGAGACUUCACAACAUCUUGCUGUUGACUGGAAGCGCUCAUCCCCUUCGGCCGUCGUCGUACUUCGCUAGACCGGAUUCCUUCUCAUCCAAGACGACAACGGAAUCGCGUUGUAAUUCUGCGGCAUCUGGCAAACGGACGAUCAUGUCAGCAUCUACCAAUUCCUGGGUCGCUAAUGAUCCGGAGCAAAUUGCGGAAGCCAAAAAACUCGAAAUAUGGCCGUUGGAUGAACACAAUGCGGCUUUGCUGAACGAGGUUCACCCACGUGGCUACGUACAAUCGUCUGAAAUACCUCACGAAGUCUAUGACUUGAUUGCUAUUGGAGCAGGCGCGGGGGGACUCGUGUCCGCUAAACAGUCCGCUCGAAGAGGGGCCAAGAGCGCCUUGAUUUCAGAAAAACUAGCUGGUGGUGAUUGCCUCAACGUGGGAUGCGUGCCUUCGAAGGCGCUGAUACGAGCCGCCAGGGCCGUUGCCGAAGUGAGACGCUCCGCUGACUUCGGUGUCAUUCUCAGCGAAGAGUCCGGGUGGACUUUGCUAAGAUUAUGGAACACUUACGAACGGCGCGGACCAAGAUCUCUCCCGCGGAUGGACACGCGGGAACUACUGGUACGGGUGCACAUGUUUUUCAGGGCCGUGGACGUUUCACCGGUCCUGAUACCAUUCAAGUCGGCGAGACCGUUUUGAAGUUCAAAAAGGCAGUUGUUGCAACGGGAGGUCGUCCAGCAAUUCCUGGUAUUCCGGGGCUGAAGGAGUCACCCCAUACGACCAACGAAAUUCUGUUCAAUCUCCAAGUUCUGCCACCUAGGAUGGUGAUUUUAGGUGCCGGGGUGGUGGCGCUGGAAAUGGCUCAGUGCUUUGCCACCUUUGGUUCCAAAGUCACUGUACUACAGCGAUCGGAGCCUUUAUUUGCUUCAAAGCAAGGUGAUGCUGAAGCGGCACACAUAUUACAACAAGAGUUGGAAAAAUCUGGCGUGCACUUUCUGACCGGAUCCAUCACACGAGUCGAAACGUUGCGUGAUAAAACGGAUGAUCCUCUGGAGUUGCCUUUGCUCAAAGUAACGGUCAAUACUGAUGCAGACCCGGUCGAUCUGGAAUGCGAAUGUCUGCUGGUGGCGGCCGGCAGAGUAGCUAAUGUGGAAGACGUGGGUCUCGAGGAAGCGGGUGUCGAAUAUGAACUAGGUAAAGGCAUCAAAGUCAACGACUUGACCCAGUCUGUGAGCAAUCCAAACGUAUACGCUGUUGGUGAUUGCGUCGCAGGAGUACCACAGCUUACACACAUGAGUGGAGAAAUGGCCAAGAUGGUGGUGCAGAAUUCUCUCUUUGAAGAUGAUUGGAAAUUGAGCAGUUUGGUGGUUCCUGCCGUCAUGUACACCGAACCCGAGUACGCUACAGUGGGACUUUAUUCCGAGGCCAACGCCGACAAGCAGGAAAUAGAGGUCGACACUUACCGCGCUGGCUUGGAGCAUAACGAUCGUGCUAUUUUGGAAGGAUCAAACGUUGGUUUCUGCAAAAUCUUUUGUCGGAAAGGAACGGAUGAAAUAGUUGGCGCUACGAUCGUAGCGGAACGCGCCGGUGAAAUGAUCAACGAAAUCAGUCUCGCCAUCAAAAAUGGACUUGGUCUGCGAGCGAUCGGACGAAACAUUCAUUCAUACCCUACAACUGGCGAAGCCGUGAUGGGAUGUGGCAUCCAAUAUAUCAACUCUCACUGGAAAACGUUGGACUGACGGUAACUGUUCGUUGACGGAUUCAUGAGGCGCUAGUCUAGACAAGGAUCGCGCCUUUACCGCUCAUCUAGCACGAGUCCAAUUUCCAUGAUUGCAAGAUAGUGGCCCAAUAUGUACUUGUAUAUAGUACCUCGUUUCACCU